CGAACCCAGAUCCCCGCAGGGGUAGCAUUAUGGCUGACUUCCCAACCGACUACAAUGGAUACCAACUCGUUGCAGUCGCAAUUACCUUCUUGAUCCUUACCUACAUUUCAGUUGGCCUGCGAUGCUUCGUCCGAAUCAGAAUCACGAGAGUUUUCGCUGUCGAUGAUUGGAUUAUGCUAGUUGCACAGAUUAUCUUUACCCUCUCGUGUGCAUUUAUACUUCGAGGCAUACACUAUGGUAUUGGGAGACACAAUUCGGAACUCUCUGUGAGCGAUGAAAUCGAGGGCUUAAAGUAUCAAGGGUUGGCAACCCUUUCCUAUGUGGCAAACAUGAUGUUCAUCAAGCUCAGCAUCGCCCUGUUCCUCCUUCGAAUCGCCGUAAAACGACUAUAUAUCUGGAUUCUGCGUAUCAGCAUGGUAGUCGUGACCAUUUGGUCCGUGGCGAUCUGGAUCUACGAGUUGUUUCAAUGCAUACCCAUCGAUGCACAAUGGAACUACACUAUCAAGAACGCGAAAUGCGCCUCCGGGCCUUCUUUCGUAGCAGCAGCAUAUUCCAUCUCUGUCAUGACGAUCGUUACGGACUGGCUCUACGCACUUUUACCCAUUCCGAUGAUCUGGUCGGUACAGAUGAGUGUGCAAACAAAGAUGACCGUUGCCUUCAUUCUAUCUCUAGGAAUCUUCGCGAGCGUAGCAACCCUAAUCCGACUAAAAUACAUCAUCGAACUAACCAACAUCUCCGACGUCCUCCACUCGGGAACCACAGCCAUGAUCUGGACGCUCGUCGAGCCCGGCGUAGCGAUCACGGCUGCCUGCCUCGUAACCAUGCGUCCCCUCCUCCGGGCCCUCAAAUUCCGGGGCUUCGAAAGUGACCCCGCGGCCCAACACACGCCGCUCACGCUGCGCAACGACAUCUCGGGUGGCCACUGGAGCACGAUUUCCUCGCCUGGAAAGGAAAGCCGUAGCCAAAGUGGAAGUGGAGGUGGAGGCCAUAAACGCAAUUUCUCGCUCACGGCGUUGGAUAGGCUGAAUGGGCUGGGGAGACUGGAAACUGGGGUUGAGAGGGAUGGGGGCUCGGGCGCGGAUGAGGGGUCCAUGGAUGAGAGUGGGAUUACGAAGACGGUGCAGGUUAGGGUUGAGCAUGACCGUGCUUCGCGGGUGGGACCUGGCUCGUUGUUGAUAUGAUUGUACGAUUUUGAUAAUUGGACACCAUUUGAAUAC